GUCGCGGUAACUUCACCGCCCUCUCAAGCAAUGCAUUGCAGCGCCAUUUGUGCAAGUUAAAGACGUAUUCACUUUGGCCCCUGGAGCAGCACGUGUUUACAUCUGUGUUUCUAAGACGCGUUGGACAAUGGCAGAACGGGUGCUUAUCAUUGGCAGUGGAGGUCGUGAGCAUGCCCUGGCAUGGAAACUGGCCCAGUCACCACUUGUCCUGCAGGUUUUGGUUGCUCCAGGGAAUGCCGGAACAGCAGAGAGUGGGAAGAUCUCUAAUUCAGCUGUUUCUGUCAGCAAUCAUGCGAUUCUUGCCCAAUACUGCAAAGACCACAACAUUGGCCUGGUGGUGGUUGGGCCGGAAGCUCCCCUUGCAGCAGGAAUCGUGGACGACUUGACGGCUGCUGGAGUGAGAUGUUUUGGCCCCUCGGCAAAGGCAACACAAUUGGAAGCCAGCAAGCAUUUUGCUAAAGACUUCUUGGAUCGACACGAUAUUCCUACUGCUAGAUGGGAAGCAUUUACUGACUCUGGGGAAGCAUGUAGCUUCAUCCAGCGUGCCAAAUUCCCUGCUCUGGUAGUGAAAGCUAGUGGGCUGGCAGCUGGGAAAGGUGUUAUUGUCGCAGCUAACAAAGAAGAGGCUUGCAAAGCAGUCAAGGAUAUUAUGCAAGAAAAGGCGUUUGGUUCUGCGGGUGAAACUGUAGUUGUGGAAGAGCUGCUUGAGGGAGAAGAAGUAUCAUGCCUGUGUUUUAGUGAUGGUGUUACAAUCGCCUGCAUGCCACCAAGUCAAGAUCACAAGCGCUUAUUGAAUGGAGACCAGGGGCCUAACACUGGUGGAAUGGGAGCUUAUUGUCCAGUUCCUCAGGUUUCCAAAAAUAUUCUUCAGAACAUCAAGGAAAAUAUUCUUCAGAAAACAAUUGAUGGCAUGAGACGAGAAAGAAUUCCUUACACUGGGAUACUGUAUGCAGGGUUGAUGUUGACACAAGAAGGACCUAAAGUGCUGGAAUUCAAUUGUCGCUUUGGUGAUCCAGAAUGUCAGGUCAUUCUUCCUUUAUUAAACAGUGAUUUAUAUGAAUUGAUACAAGCGACUUUAGAUGGCAAGCUCUCUAAAGCCAUGCCUUCUUGGUUGGGAACCAGUACAGCCGUGACUGUGGUUAUGGCCAGCGGUGGAUAUCCAGGCAGCUACUCAAAGGGCCGUGAGAUCACAGGUUUAUCACUUGCAAAGGAUCUGGGCCUGCAAGUGUUCCAUGCAGGUACAGCACAAAAGGAUGGGAAAGUUGUCACCAGUGGUGGUCGAGUUCUUGCUGUAACUGCAAUCAAUAAGGACCUGAUCAGAGCAGUAGAAGAAGCCAAUAAAGGGGUAGAAAUUAUUCAGUUCCAGGAUGCUGUUUACAGAAAGGAUAUUGCACAUCGAGCGAUUGCCUUCAUAAAACAAUCCAGAGGAUUGACGUACAAAGACAGUGGAGUUGAUAUUGUGGCUGGAAAUGCAUUAGUCCAUUCAAUUAAACCACUUGCUGCAGCGACGUCCCGACCAGGCUGUAACGCUGAUCUUGGAGGAUUUGCUGGCAGCUUUGACUUAAAGGCAGCUGGAUACUCUGAUCCAAUCCUAGUCUCUGGAACUGAUGGAGUUGGAACCAAACUUAAGAUUGCGCAGAUGUGCAACAGACACGACACGUUGGGCCAGGACUUGGUGGCGAUGUGCGUGAACGAUAUCCUGGCACAAGGAGCGGAGCCACUUUUCUUCCUCGAUUACUUCUCCUGUGGUAAACUGGAUGUAAGCGUGGCACAGACUGUGAUUGCUGGCAUUGCAGAGGCCUGUAAAAUGGCAGGAUGUGCACUAGUAGGGGGAGAAACCGCAGAGAUGCCGGGAAUGUAUUCCUCGGGGCAGUACGAUCUGGCAGGCUUUGCGGUGGGAGCAGUAGAACGUGGACAGAUGCUCCCAAAGCUGGAGCGUAUCUGUGCUGGUGACGUUGUCAUUGGCGUUGCUUCAUCUGGUCUCCACAGUAACGGGUUUAGUCUUGUUCGAGCAAUCCUGGAGAAGUCGUCUUCACAUUGUUCCUCCCCAGCACCACCCAGCUAUGGUUCUCAGACACUAGGAGAAGUGCUGCUCACACCAACUAGAAUUUAUGCCAAGACCUUGCUGCCUAUUCUGCGUCAGGGGCAUGUGAAAGCCUACGCUCAUAUUACUGGAGGUGGACUGCUGGAAAAUAUUCCCAGAGUCCUUCCUGAAAAACUUGGUGUUGCAUUAGAUGCAUCGCUUUGGAAGAUUCCUGAAAUAUUUUCGUGGCUGCAAAGAACUGGUGCCCUUUCUGAAGAGGAAAUGGCUCGCACCUUUAAUUGUGGAGUUGGAGCUGUGCUGAUAGUGGACAAGGAGAAUGCUGCAGACGUCCUGGGAAAUGUACAAAGCCGCUGUGAGGCGUGGAUCAUUGGAACUGUUGUGCCGCACAAGACAGGCUGUGAAAGGGUAGCUAUUAAAAAUCUCAUGAAGACACUUCAUCUAAGCCAACCGGUGGAUGAAAGUGCUGGAGGUGGUGACGUAUCACAAUGUCAAGGGCAGACUCGGAAAAUGAGAUUGGGUGUUCUUAUCUCUGGAACAGGGACAAACCUUCAAGCCAUCAUAGAACACACAAAGGAUCCUGCCAGUCUUGCAGAAAUAGUCAUUGUUAUUUCCAACAAAACUGGUGUAGAGGGACUGAAGAAAUCAACCCGAGCUGGCAUUCCUACAAGGGUUAUUGACCACAAAUUAUUUGGAAGUCGUUCUGAAUUUGACAACACUGUCGAUCAGGUGCUUCAGGAAUUCUCUGUUGAACUGAUUUGCCUUGCCGGAUUUAUGAGAAUCCUCUCUGGUCCCUUUGUCAGAAAGUGGAAUGGGAAAGUGUUGAAUGUCCAUCCAUCACUGCUACCAUCCUUCAAGGGAAUUAAUGCUCACAAACAGGUGCUACAGGCUGGAGUACAGGUGACUGGCUGCACUGUGCAUUUUGUGGCUGAAGAAGUUGAUGCUGGUGCAAUCAUUGUACAGAAAGUGGUGCCAGUAAAGGUGGGGGAUACAGAAGAAACACUAUCGGAAAGAGUGAAAGAAGCAGAGCAUGUGGCAUAUCCAGCUGCUAUUCAUCUGGUGGCCAGCGGAGCACUAUAUUGCGGAGAAGAUGGGAAGAUUAGCUGGAAAGUACAUAAUUCCACUUGAAGCCAGGCACCAGGGGCUCAUUGGGAUUUGCUGCAAAAGGCAUGGAUGUUUUGCAAACUGUACCCAACAUAAGUCCACAUUUAGUCUGCUUUCAGUCUCUCUUGUCGUGCGUGCGUCCCACACCAGCUGUGAAUCCCACUAACUCCCUUUGUAUUAACUAUUACUCAUUUUGAUAUUAUAACUUAAGUAGGUUAUUAAAAGAGUGCCAUGCCAUUCCAACAGAACUUCCAUAGACCGCCACAAAACUGCAGAGAAGAAGAAAAUUUGUACAUUUUUUUGUGUUAAUAAAACCUUUCUAAAGAUUAA